GGGGGUUAAGACGAGAAGCUUGCUGUGAGCUGGCAACACUGCAGAAAUGGCGCCGCGCUGUGCGGCUGUUUACAUCUUGUUGGCAUCACUUAUCAUAGCAGUCUCUGAAGCAGAACUGUCAGCAGAAGAAUGUCUCGGGCUGGGCUUCCGGAAACCCGACCUGGUGUGCUCUUCCUGUCAACGCUUAUCCAGGUUUGACUUGGAUAUCCUGAAGGAUGACUGUGGAAAAUGCUGUCGGCAAACAGAAGACCGCGACACUGCUAAGAAGUAUGCCCAGGCCGUGUUGGAAGUAUGCGCCUGCAAAUUUGGCUACCUGCCCCAAAUUGAAGCUUUUGUCAAGAGCUCACGGCCUAGUAAGUUUCCGAACUUCAACAUCAAGUACCUUCGUGGAGCGGACCCGGUGAUAAAACUCAUGGACGAAAACGGAGAAGUGCAGGAGGAGCUAAAUAUCAAGAAGUGGGAUACCGACACCAUCGAAGACUUUUUACAUCAACACCUCACAUAGUUUAUUCUCCGGCUUCUUUUUUUUUUUUUUAAUCUGUUUUGGAGACCUAUAUCUGCAUGUUUCUUUUGAUACAGUUUUUGAGAUGUCUCACGUAGACUGCUACAAAGACUCUGUGCUUUGAGCCGGAGCAACUGAGGAACGUGAGCUUAGGGCUGUAAACAACCUCCUGUUUGGUUACGUACGUUGCAUGUAUAGCGUUUGAUACAUUGAAUCUUGUGAACCUUUUAUAAUGGUCAUCACUAAGCGAAGAAAUUUGGACAUCAUACCUUAUGCUCAGUUACGGCAGCUUGGGUAUUGUUCACUGAUGUGAUGGCAUUAUCGAUUGUACAGUAGCAUUUUUAGCAAUAGAACAUGACAAUUGUUACAAAAUAUAUCUUGAUGUACUUCAAUACUUGCAUUGACAAUGAUAUGAAUAAAACCACUGCACAUAUAGUGUUGCUACACA